UCCUCAGCCUGCAGCACAGAGGAGGAACUUUGACCGGUGCUCCAGCUGCUAGUUAGCACCCUGCUAGCUGGUUCCUGUAUACUUUUCUUAUUUUCUGUGUGUGUCGUUUCAUAUGCAGAGAGAUGUGGUUUAUUUAUUUACUCAGCUGGCUGUCGUUGGUGAUCCAGAUAUCCUUCGUCACUCUAGCAAUAGCUGCUGGCCUGUACUACUUGGCAGAACUAAUAGAAGAAUACACAGUAGCCACCAGUCGAAUAAUAAAGUACAUGAUACUGUUCUCCACAGGUGUGCUGGUAGGUCUCUAUGUUUUUGAAGGUUUCCCUGUGUUCAUGGUGGGCGUCGGCCUCUUCACCAACCUGGUGUACUUCGGCCUCCUGCAGACGUUCCCAUACAUUCUGCUCAGCUCCCCAAACUUCAUCCUCUCCUGCGUGUUGGUGGUGGUGAAUCAUUAUAUGGCCUUCCAGUUCUUUGCACAAGAGUAUUAUCCCUUCUCAGAGGUGUUGGCAUACUUCACCAUCUGUCUGUGGGUGAUCCCCUUCGCCUUCUUUGUGUCACUGUCAGCGGGAGAAAAUGUGCUUCCGUCCACCAUGCAACAAGGAGAUGACGUGGUGUCUAAUUACUUCACGAAGGGCAAGAGGGGGAAGAGGUCUGGGAUCCUCCUCGUCUUCUCCUUCCUAAAGGAGGCGGUGCUGCCCAGCCGACAGAAAAUGUACUGAGGGCGCUCGGACCUGGGAUGCAGCCUCGAGGGUCGGAUAUGUGUAUGUGUAUGAGUGUGUGUACGUUCAUGGGAAGCAGGAAGGACUGUGAAAUCAAAAAGAGAGUUUCUGGAAGGGACUAAAUUGAAGCAGUGGCCAACGUGGAGGAAGCGCACUGGAGGAAGACGGACCAAUGAACAGGACAGAGCUUUGUGCUGGAUGAGUUUACACAGCCCACGUUGGUCUCUCUUUUUGUCUGUGUGUGUUUACUGACUACCAACAACAUCUACUAGAGACCUCCCCGCGGUGAUCUUCUCUGUAGCGCAAUGCUUUCUAACUGUUACGUUGGACUUCUCCAUUUUUUUUUUUUAAGCUUUGGUAUUCAAUAUUUGUGUGCGGGGUCUGACGUUAACAACCAACAGAAACCUGUCGACUUUCACUUUUGGCAGAUAAAUCAUCAGAUGUCUUCUUAAGACGCCUGCUGUCUGUUGUGUUUUUUUUUUUUAAGGUCUCACGCUUGUACUUUUUAUACACAAAAGUAGCGUUUGAAAAUCUAGGAAAAAGCGGAGCUAGAUGAGAUUUCUUUAAGGUACUUCUAACUCCUGAUGUCAAAGCUUUGAUUUUGGUGCCACGUGAUCAUAGAAAGCUGAAGGCCAAAUGCCACGGACGGUUCUCGCGGAGAUCACCCUCAAACAGAGCGACGUUGUAAUGAAUCAGCUCGAUACAGAAGUCCUUUUCCAAUUUUAAGGUGUUGCAUGCUAAAAAGUGCUCUUGUCACAUCGCAUCUUUAAAAAAAAUGUGCUGAUGAAGACAAGUAGAGAUGGAUAACGUAUAAUUAAAAACUCCUUAAAAACGUCAUUUGGAUUAUUUAUAAGCGGCGACAAAAACGCACUUUCUUUUUCUCUUUGUUUUAAGUCGACACAUUCAUUCAUCACCAGCACUGUAAUCUGCAACACACUCUCCUUUUUAUUUAUUUUUUAUUUUUUUUAAAUCACAGCCAAAAUAAAGUGAUUUUUUUUUUUUUUUUUUUUUUUUUUUUUUUACAUGAUCGUUGAGUUAACCCGACAUCAAAGUGAAUAAACAUUUUUGAAGAUCAAACCCGGGUGAAGACUCCUGAAAGCUCUCAGGUGUCACGGACAAAAAAAAAAAAAAGCUGCUCAAGGUGGUUCGAUAUCAAAGAAGUACUUCUCCUCAAGAGGCUGAAAUUCUUUUUACCAAUUACAGAGUGAUUCAUUGUAGGAUGGUAUCCACACGACUGUAAAAUAAAGAUUUUGUUGAAGUAA